AUGAAUGGUGUGAAAUCUUGCUUCGAAAGAAAUUGGAAUAGAGACUUGAUGAAUGAUGUGAAAUCUUACUUCGGAAGGAAUUGGAACAGAGACGAAAUGAUGAAUAAUGUAAAAUCUUAUUUCAGAAGGAAUUGGAACAGAGACGACGUGAUGAGUAAUGUGAAAUCUUACUUCGUAAGGAAUUGGAACAGAGAUGAUAUGAUGAAUAUGGAUGAAAUUCUGGUUGAAGUUCAUACAAGCUUGAAGAAGGUGUAUCUUACUCCCUUCUGUGCCAUGUUGAGCUCUACUUUUGGAUCCUACGUACGAUGGAUUUCAGUAGCCGGGUGGAAAUUCACAGUCCUUUCUUAUGUAGCAAGUUUAAUCUUGAUUUACUAUACUCCACCAGGGAGAGUGGUCUUACUCUUGAUGUUGGCUGCCUGUUUAUUCGGUGCUUCUGUUAAUGCUUUUACAAAUUAUCUCUUCAAAAUCGAGCAACGUUUGCUAAAAGUGGCAACUAGAAUUUGUGCAUUCUUGGCUAAUUUAUAUGUUGUUACCACAUUUGCUUGCUCUGUUACUACUUUGCUCCUUCUCUAUGUUCUCCGACUUUUGGCAGGUACAACAACUGGUUGUGGAAGUUUCUUGUAUAGAAUCAUCAGAACAAGGAAAAGGAGAAAAAUCUACCUUGGUUGCAUGAAAUAUUGUUUCGUCAUAAUGUUGUCCACCUUUGGAUUUGUUGUCUUGGACAGCAGCCACACAAUUCAUUGGGCGAUAAACAUGCACCUUGCGCAGACAUUAUUCAUGGGGUACCUUGUGAUAUAUAGCCAAGAGAUAUUGUAUGAUGCUAACUUAGGAGAUAUUAACUUCGUCAACUGCACAUUCACCGUCUUCCUCCAUUUACCGGGCAUAUUGAUCCAUGCUGCAAGACUAUACCUACAGGAUGCAGAAAUUGAGCAACAGGAACAGAAUUAA